AGGGACGCAGAGUUCCAGUUGUUGGGUUUUUCCUCACACGCUGAUUUUUUCCGCUUGGAAACCUUCGGUUUUUAAUACAUUUUCUACAGGAUUUCGAAACGCAGAAUUCCCCUUACAAGCCACCUCUGUUGAUUAAUCUCCUCCAGAAGCACAAGUCUGAUUGGCUGCGAUGGCGACAGAGGCGGGGUCAGAGGCGGAGGUGAAGAAGGAGCCGGAGAAGCAGCAGUCGGAGGAGCAGCAGGAGGUCGAACCCCUCAGCGAGAGCGUGCAGAACACCGACACGGAUCCUCAACCUGCCCCUGAGAACCCUCAGAACCCUGAGGACCCUCAGAACCCUGAGAACCUUCAGAACCCUGAGAACCCUCAGAACCCUGAGAACACAGAGAAAGUGGAGGCGGAUCCUGCCACGCCCACAAGCCCCUCCCCUUCCAGCGGGCAGAAGAAGGACAAGGGCAUCUCUCGUUUCCUGCCUCCAUGGCUCAAACGCCAGAAAUCCCUUGUGGAGUCUAAAGACACGCCCACUCAGACACAGGAAGAGGAGGAGCCGAAGGGAGAGGUCGAAUCGCCCGAGAGGAGGGAGGAGCAGAACUCGGUGUGCAGCUCGGAGACACAGCCAGUGAAAGAGGAGGGGGAGGCGGAGCCUGAGGAGGUGAUCGCUGUCGUGUCUCCUGUCAAACCUGGAAAGAAGAUGAAGAUGGUGGUGUGUCACGUGACUCUGCUGGACGGGAGCCAGUUCCAGUGUGAUGUGGAGAAGCGAGCCAAGGGUCAGUUCCUGUUUCAGAAAGUGUGUGAGCACCUGAACCUCCUGGAGAAGGACUACUUCGGCCUGAGCUUCAAAGACAACGCAGACCAGAGGUGCUGGCUCGAUCCUACAAAGGAGAUCAAACGUCAGAUCCGCAACUCGCAGUGGCAGUUUGCGUUCAACGUGAAGUUUUAUCCGCCGGAUCCCACACAGCUUACUGAGGACAUCACCAGGUAUCUGUUGUGUCUGCAGUUGAGGCAGGACAUCGUGUCGGGUCGGUUGCCGUGUUCGUUCGUCACUCUGGCGCUGCUCAGCUCCUACACGCUGCAGGCAGAGCUCGGAGAUCACGACUCGGCCGAGCAGCAGCUCCACUCCAUCAGCGAGUUCCAGCUCACUAAAGAUCACACCAAAGAGCUCGAGGAGAAGGUUCUGGAGCUGCACAAGUCUCACAGGGGAAUGAACCCAGCCCAGGCUGAUAUAAAUUUCUUGGAAAAUGCCAAAAAGCUCUCCAUGUAUGGUGUCGACCUUCAUCAGGCAAAGGACUCCGAGGGUGUGGACAUCAUGUUGGGAGUGUGUGCUAACGGCCUGCUGAUCUACAAAGACCGUCUGAGGAUCAACCGCUUCGCCUGGCCCAAGAUCCUCAAGAUUUCUUACAAACGCAGCAACUUUUACAUUAAGAUCAGACCGGGAGAGGCGGAGCAGUUUGAGAGCACAGUGGGAUUUAAGCUGCCCAACUAUCGCGCCGCUAAGAGGGUUUGGAAAGUCUGUGUGGAGCAUCACACCUUCUUCAGGUUGACGAAUCCAGAGCAGCCGACGAAGUCGAAGUUCCUGACUCUGGGUUCUAGGUUCCGUUACAGCGGGAGAACCCAGGCUCAGACCCGACAGGCCAGCUCUCUGAUAGACCGACCCGCUCCACACUUCAUCCGCACGGCCAGCAAACGCAGCUCACGCAGCCUCGACACCGCUCCAGUGAGCGAUCGUGGCCACGCCCCCGGUGAGAACGGUCGUGACCCCGCCCUGGAUCUCUCCUCCGAUUCCAAGGUUCCGCAGGUGGAAGAAGGGGCGGAGCCUCGGGAGGCCACAGCCGUAGAAGUCGCUGCCGAACUCGUAGCUGAGACUGAAACACACGGAGCUGAUUCCUCUGAAACCCAGAGCAAGCUGAGAGUGCAGGGAGAGAAUAUUUAUGUCAGACAUAGCAAUCUAAUGCUGGAGGAUCUGGAUAAGACUCAGGAGGAUGUUUUGAGGCAUCAGGCUAGCGUUAGCGAGCUAAAGCGCAGUUUUAUGGAGGCGGCUCCAGAGCCCCGGCCCAGUCAGUGGGAAAAGCGUCUGACGGGCAGCCCCGCCCCCACCGGCCUGCGCCCGCCCGUCCCAGGGAUAAACCCCGCCCACUUCGAGAGUGUCCUGCCCGACAGCGGUGACAUCAGCAAGAAUGAAAAGAAUUCAGGGCUUAACGGUCAGCCCGAGGUGUUAGAAGUCGUGAACGAGAUCAUCGUUAUCGAGGAGGUCAAAGCGAACAAGCCUAUAAACCCUGCCCCUGAGGUGUCGACUCUGGUAACCACGGUUACCGAGAUUGCCCCGGAAGCAAAGGAAGAGGAGGUGGAGCAGGAGAAGAGCGGCUCGUCGGAGAGCGAGAGUGAGGACGAGGCGGAGUAUCACGCUCAGCUUCCCUCCUCCACAGACUCCACCCAUCUUAUCAAAGAGGAGCCCGAAGACGAGCAGGACCGAGAGGCAGAGCUUAACCAGGAAGCCACGCCUACAGAGGCAGAGCCACAGCCAGUCAGCGAGUCCGUGAAAGAAGAGGAGCCACCAGAAGAGGACGUAUCCGGAGAGGAAGUCAUGGUGACGCCUGACGAAGCACCCAAUGGUCACGCUGAUGACGCUGAAGCUCCGCCCACUCCCUGCGCCGUGGCUGAGGAGCAAGAGGAGGAGUCUUGUGUCGUCAACGGUGAUGCGUCUCACAUGGAAACGGAGCGCGUGCCGCAGGUGAUCUGUUGCUCGGAGCCCCCAGUUGUGAAAACAGAAAUGGUGACCAUCUCGGACACGUUCGCGGCUCAGAAGACGGAGAUCACCACCAAGGAGGUUCCCAUCGUCCACACGGAAACCAAAACCAUCACGUACGAAGCUGCACAGUUGGACGGUAGCGGAGACGGUGAGCCGGGCGUGCUCAUGACUGCUCAGACCAUCACCUCGGAGUCUCUGUGUACAACUACAACUACACACAUCACCAAGACACUAAAAGGCGGGCUGUCGGAAACACGGAUUGAAAAGCGCAUCGUCAUUACAGGCGACUCGGACAUCGAUCACGACCAGGCCUUAGCCCAGGCCAUAAAGGAAGCCAAAGAGCAGCACCCGGACAUGUCUGUGACCCGUGUGGUGGUGCACAAGGAGACGGAGCUGGCCGAGGAAGACGAGUAAAGAGCUGACGCCUGCAGUUCAUCUUUUAUUCGGUUUGUGACGGAGCUCUUCCCCUGCGUUCUCUGAGCAAGUGAUCAUGUCUGAGACGACGAGAGCGAGGACGACGCUGAUACUCCAUUAAUCGUCCUAAAAAAAAAAAAAAAAAAGCAAGACCAGAACCACUUCAGCUAACAUUUUUUUUUUAGUGUUUAUUACUAUUUUUACUAUUUUAAAAAUGUUUCCCUUAAAACGUUGUCCAAUGUUUAGAUCGGAUUUUUUCUUUUCCCCCCCGAGUUCGAUGUGCCGAUGAAUUUUUACAGAGUUGCUAUUGAAGGUCCACUUGGGUGGAUAAAUCUCUCUUCUAUACUCUAUAUAUGUAUAAAUAUAUAUAAAAUACAGUUUAUGAUCCUGGACCAUUCUUUUUUUUUUUUUUAAACUGGGAGGGGUUUCAUGUUGUUUAUGAGAAGUGGGCGGGGCUUCGUGUGAACUUCAACAAUCUCAAUUAAGGGACCAGCAUGAGUCAGUUUACUUGCACAUCAGUGCCAAUCCUUCCUCUAUGCAGACACACACACACACAUUCCACCACAGGGAGGCGCACUUCGUCUACCUCUAUUAGUAAAAUAAUAAUAAUAAUAA